GAAAAUAUGAGUGGAAUACUUAGUACUAUCACCGGUGUAUUAGGACGAUUGUUCAGAAAUCUCUUACCAAGCUGGGGAGACCCAACACCACCUGAGUUACCCGAACCUUCCGAGCUACCAGAACCAGAAGAAGGAAUAGAAGAUCCAGAAGAUCCUUUAGCCACGUUCGAGAAUGUUGAAGACCAAAUUAGUGAUGUUUAUAGAAGAGAAUUAGCUCAAUUAGGGGGUAUUAAAAUAAAAAUAGUUCUUAUUGCUCAUAUGUAUCAGAUUGCACAAGGAGGGCAUUUUGGGCAUCGAAUAGAUCAAGACAUAGCAUUUCCAAGUGAAAUUUUAGAUAUUAUUCCGAAUCAACAUUCAGGUUGGAUAUAUGAGUAUGGAAAAAAGAUCUUUCUAGAAAUAAGUGCAUACCAACCACUCCAAGGCAGUUCCUAUUUUGCAUUACCAAAAAUAUGGGCCAAGCCUCAAUUAGGGAUAAUUAACCCUCAAAAUACAGACGAAAGAUGUUUCGAAGCAUGUAUAAAAGCUUAUUUAGCAAGUGAAGAGGCCUGUAGACAGGGUCAAAGAGCAAGAAAUCUUCAUGAUAUUAGUAGGCUACAACGCUUUAAUAAUAUACUAGACUUCUUUGGUAUAAAUUUUCCAUCCACAUUACGUGAUAUCGAUAUAUUCGAAGAAAAUAAUCCAAAUUAUGCAGUAAAUGUGUUCUAUCCUGCGCCAGAAAAAAAUGAUAAAGAGCAAGCAACUAGAAAGUUGGACCCACUCUGUUUAUUGGAGUAUAAUUAUCAAAGAGAGUAUAUGGUGGAUUUAAUUUUAUUUACUGAAGGAGAGGAAGAUUUGAGGGAUCGCCCAUCAUGGGAUCUACUUGAAGAACAUAUAAAGUACAAUUGCCACGGUCGAAAUAAUCCUAAUGCUGGGCAAAGAGAAAUCUUUCCAGAAAAAGGUAGGCACAUUAUGAAAUUCGAAAAUUAUAAGGCAAUGGAAAACAUACCAUUUUAUUUUGUUAAAGAUCUCGAAGCAGAUAAUGGGAAGCUUGCAAAAGAAAUUGUUAGGCGAACUCCAAACUCAAUUGCAGAGUCAUGGGAAAGCAUGCAACGAGACUUGGAAAAAAUUAUCAAGCCAAAGUUGCGCAAUCCAGAAAAAAUAAAAAUGACAGAACGUGAUUGGCGAACACAUAACUCUGUCAGAAAAUGUUAUAUAUGUGAAG